AUGUCUAAACCUUCUAGCUCAACACCAAGAAAAAGCACCAAAGAUCAAUCGGCCCCUAGGAUUGCUUGUGCUAAUGUGGAUCAUUCAGAUGUUGUAACUGAUGUUGUUCCUCUCUCCAUUGUUCCAGGGCAUGUUCCUACUAAAAGGAGGCCUAUAACACCUACUAUGAAAAAGGCUAAGCCUUCAUCUGUGAGUAAAUCUUCUAACCCCUAUGGGUCGGUUCAAAUUCCUUCUAGUGAGAUUAGGAAUAUUGAGCCCUCGAUUGCUGUCAAAAAACCUCACUCUAUGACUAGCUUAUAUAUUGAUCCCAUUAAAACCACUGAUGUCGAACCUGAUGUUGUUGCAUCUGCUAAAGGUUCUAUUGUUCCAAUAGUAGUGGAUAGUGUUGAAUCAUCUGAAAAAUCUAACUCUAGUACUGUAAGUCUAGAUAACCCUAGAUAUGAUAAGUCCCUAGGUCAAUCUAGUAUGAAUAUUGUUGAUAAAGAUAGUGUUGAUAAGAAUAUUCAUGUGUUAAUCUCCAAAAUAUUGAAUGUUGAACCUAAGUCUGAUGUUAUGUCGGAUGUCACUACAUCCUUGGGCCAAGCUGAUCAUCCUAUUGAAACCUCUCUUGAAAAAUAUGAUGGAAAAUCUGAUAGUGAGUCUUUUUCAAUUAAGUCACCUAAAAACUCUGAUGAGAAAGAUGAUUUUGAUAUUAUGUUUGUUGAUAUGUCUGACAAAGAUAGAUUGGCUCCCGGGAUAGCUAAGAGGUUAAAGAAUAGAAAAGGGAAAGUUGUUGAGUCUACAAGAAAGCCUCCCAAGGCUACCAAAACAAGUCAAAGUGUUGGUCCUGCUAAAGGGUGGAGCAAGGUUGUAACUUCUGCCACCAAGAAAAUAUCUAUAAAGAGGAAGGAAGUCCCCUCUAGUUCUAGUGACUCUGAGUAUGAUGUCGAACAAAAUGUUCAAGACGUCAUGCCUCUAAAGAAAGUUGUUGGGAAAAAGGUCCCUGCUAAUGUGCCUGAAGUUCCCAUUGACAACAUCUCUUUUCACUCUGUUAAGAAUGUUGAAGAAUGA